UGUUUAUGUGUGACUAGGUCUUUGAUUGGUGUGGCUUCUCCUUCUUAAGUCUGGUGUAGGAUGAGCACCACUGAAAGCAAAGGGAAGAGAGUAAGUCCCAUGCAGUCAUCAGCGGUUGAAUGGUUCAUCUACGUAGGUUACAAAGGCGACAUGGUACCUGUCCGGCCUGAUACAUGCGGAAAUGCAAGGAGCGGUCUCUUCCUCCCUCCCUCUCUGCGUCCUCCCAAACCAACACGGGUGACGAGACGCAAAGGCCGUGACAUACAUAAGCUCCCAUCUCCAAGCCUGCCUGGGGACUUGAAUCCAACGUCUCAUACUCCUCCGCCCACAACAAACCAAGAGAAAGCAGAAUCCCUCCUAGGAAACACUGAUGGCUGCCUUGGUGACAUGUGACUACUGACGGCCGUGUGGACCAGACGAUAAGGAGGCGAGGCAGAGAAGAGAUGAGGAUGUAACGCUCUUCAGCCGGCGCUCCGCAAACGCUUAUUGACGCCAGAGACAGAGAAGAGUAACACUAACAUGUUUUCUUUUUAGUGGCAGGACUAGUACAAGGCAAGACAUACAAAGAAAGCAAGCCGGGUAGUUUACAUCGCUUUUGUCACCACGUUUACCGAGUUGCCGUGUCACCAGUCAAUUUCACGAAGCAAGGGAGAAGCUAAUACAUCUUUUCCUCAGUUACAGAACGAACACAGCUGCGGUGGGCAGCCUCAAGGAAAGGAGACCAGCGCCAUGUACUAUUCUUUAUGUUCCCUUGUUAAUGAAUUCCUGGCGUCCUCUCCCUUUCCUCAUCCCGCAUUGGGAGUAUUGGGCGACUUUCUUCCUUCGUUAGUUGUAGUUUAGAGAAAGAUAACAUGGACUUUGGAUGGUUUUUUGUAGUGUAUAAGACAUUUGUGUGUAAGAUGUAGUAUUAAGUUACCCUCAUGACACUCCACUCACUACUACCGCUAUUACACACACACCCACACCUAUACCCACCCACCCACCCACUCACCAACACCCCCGCCCCCACACACAAACACACACAGUACCACACACAUCUUGCUGACAUCUUUUCCUUCAUUCACAGAACCAUUCAAGUGGGGCUACACUGACAAAAAUGGACCCGCCACCUGGCCUGCUAACUUCCCAACGUGUGGCGGGUCGCGGCAGUCCCCCGUGGCGCUGGUGGCCAAGGAUGCUGUGGGAACCAACCCUUGGAUUCCCUUCAACUUUGAGAAUUACAGAGAGACUCCCACCAGCCAAACACUCUUGAAUAACGGACAUACAGCCAUGGUGAUGCUCGAGCAGAAGAACCCGCCAGCACUGUUUGGUGGCGACCUGGAUGGCCAAUACAAUUUCCUACAGUAUCACUUCCACUGGGGCAAGGACUCGUCGGAAGGAUCUGAGCAUACCAUCGACGGCAAGAAGUUCCCGGGCGAGAUUCACCUGGUGCACUGGAAGGCGAGCUACGGCAGCGUGGCCGAGGCCAUUAACUUCGAUGACGGCAUCGCGGUACUGGGCAUCAUGCUGGAGUUGAGUAAAACAGAUAACGCGUACCUAAACCCCAUCUUCGACAACCUGGAUAAGAUCACGAAGGCCGAUGCUGAAGUUAAGAUUCCACCCUUCGCCCUCAACCGACUCCUGCCAUUAAACGUCGACGAUUUCUUCCGGUAUGAAGGCUCCCUCACCACCCCGACUUGCAAUGAGAUCGUGAUAUGGACCGUCUUCAAGGACACCGUCAAGAUAUCUUACAAACAGUUGGCGAAGUUCAGGACUCUGAUGGACGAGAAAGGCAACUUACUGGUCGAAACUUUCCGUCCCGUCCAACCUCUCAACGGCCGCGAAGUGGCUAUGGGUCGCAAAAGUCCGUACUGGAGCUACGUUCCUCCUUUCGGUCCAUCCAACUGGGCAGACUCUUUCCCCAUUUGCGGCUCCGACGUGCGCCAAUCUCCCGUCGCUCUCGUCACCGCAGACGCUGUUGGGGAAUUCCCGAGAGUGAACCUUGGUACCAAGUUCUACGAUACUCCACCUGAGAACCUGAUCCUCUUCAACAACGGACAUACUGCACAAGCCAGAAUAACCUACGCAGCUGGAAAGGAGGCGUCGAUCAAAGGCGGUGACCUGGACGGAAAAUACCAACUCCUUCAAUUCCACUUCCACUGGGGUGCCAACGAUGGCUUGGGUUCAGAGCACACCAUUGACGGCAAAAGAUUCCCUCUCGAGAUACACCUUGUCCACUGGAAGACAAGCUACGGUUCUGUGUCCGAGUCUCUGAAUUUCGGUGAUGGCCUGGCCGUGCUGGGCAUCAUGGCGGAGAUCAGCCAGAAGGACAACCCCAAGUUACAACCUAUUAUUGACGCACUGGCAAACAUACAUGAGCCUGAUGAAGAGACGGUGGUGGAUUCCUUCAUCUUCAGAAACCUACUCCCUGAUAACAUUGAUAGCUUCUUCCGGUACGAAGGUUCCCUCACCACGCCGACCUGUAAUGAAAUCGUUAUCUGGACUGUCCUGAGAAACACAAUCCCCAUUUCCUCCAAACAGCUAGGCAGAGUUCCGCAAGCUGAGGGAUGACGGUGGAAUCUUUCUUCAGAACAACUUCCGACAGCCGCUUCCACUCAACGGGCGUCAGGUGUUCAUUGCCAGCGAGACAAUGCACUGGUCUUACGUCGGAGCCACCGCGGCGGAGAAUUGGCCAGCCAUCUUCGACAAAUGCGUAGGGGAUAGACAGUCUCCCGUGGCUUUAAAGACGAGCUCCGCUGUCACUUUCACCCC